AUGUAUCUUGUCACAGGAACCUCCUCUGGUAUUGGUCUUGCCAUUGCAGGGUACCUUCUCGACCAAGGCGUCGAGGUUGUGGGCGUCUCCCGCCGUUCUACGCCGAUUUGCCACCCAAAAUUCCACCUUGUCCAGGGCGAUGUUGCUGAUCCCAAAGUCCAUGAACAAAUACUGGCUCUGGUGAACGGAAAACUAGACGGGGUGGUAUUCAAUGCAGGCAUUCUCGACGCUAUCACCAAGCUCGACGCAUCCGACGUCGAUGCAUGGCGCAGGGUUUUCGAGGUCAACCUGUUUUCAAUUGUAGGCAUUCUGCCUGUUUUAACUCCUUCUCUCCGCAAAUCUGAGGGAAAUGUUGUUUUUGUUUCCUCCGACGCCGCAACUGUCCCGUUCCAGGCAUGGGGUGCCUACGGAGCAUCGAAGGCCGCCGUUAACCAUUUGAGUAUGACCUUGGCCAAGGAGGAGCCCGCAAUCACUUCAGUUGCCGUCGCGCCCGGUAUUGUCGCUACACCCAUGCAGGAGAAUAUCCGUGAAAACCACACCUCUAGUGGCCAUAUGGACGACAAGGAGGCGAGCUAUUUCCAUGACAUGUAUCAAGAGGGUAAACUUGUCACUGCUGAACAGACAGGCAAGAUGUACGGCAAUUUAGUUCUUAAUGCCGGCAAGGAACUGAACGGAAAGUAUUACUGCCAUGACGAUGUCGCCCUCAAAUCAUAUAAUUAG